AGCAAAAUUUUUUAAACAGCACCUCGAUGGAGCUCCCGCCAUUUCUUUCCCGCCACCUCCCAUCCUUGUUCCAACGGUCGACAGGCCUCUCCCACUUCCUCCAACUCCACGCUCUCCUCCUCAAGACCUCCCCCUCUGUCUUCUUCUACAACUCCCUCGUCAGAGUCUACACCGAAACCCAGAACUCCCCUCAAGCCUUCGACCUCUUAUCGGAUCUUCGCCAUGCCGGCUUAAGACCCGACAACUUCACAUACCCAUUUGUCCUCAAGGCCUGUGCCUCUUCUUCAAUGUUGGGAGAAGGGAGGACGGUUCAUGGGUUAGUGCUGAAAUCUGGGUUCGUGUCGGAUUCUUAUGUGGGGAAUACCCUUUUGCAUGUGUAUGGUUCUUGCCGGGUUAUCGGGUGUGCCCGCAAGGUGUUUGAUGAAAUGGGGGGCAGAAAUGUGGUUUCUUGGAGCUCUAUGAUUGAUGGAUACGUUUCUUGUGAUCAUCCUCUUGAUGCGCUUAUGAUGUUCAGGCAAAUGAGACUGAACAAUGUCCAACCUAACUCAGUAACCCUCAUAAGCUUACUCUCAGCUAGCAGCAAGCUUAAUAGUCUCAAAAUUGGUCAAUCUAUUCACGCCUACAUACUACUAGGCAGUAUGAAACUGGAUGUUCCCUUAGGAACUGCUCUCAUUGGCAUGUACACUAAAUGUGGCCAUUUAGAGGAAGCCCUCCAAAUCUUUACCUCCAUGGAAGAGAAAAACCUACAAUCAUGGACAGUCAUGAUAUCUGGAUUCGCUGAUAAUGGUUGUGGAAAAGAAGCCAUUGGUCUCUUCCAUGAGCUUGAAGAAAGAGGUCUGAAGCCUGACAGUGUAUUAUUCUCCACUGUUAUAAGUGCUUGCAGCCACUCAGGCUUAGUUGAACAAGGCUUAAACCUUUUCAAAAGAAUGGUUAGUGUAUAUAAAAUCAGGCCAACAAUGGAGCAUUAUGGUUGCUUGGUGGAUUUGUUGGGAAGAGCAGGGUUAAUAGAAGAAGCUUACAAGUUCAUUAAGGAAAUGCCUGUCAAGCCAAAUGCAGUUAUAUUGAGGUCACUAUUGGGAUGUUGCAGGAAAAUUGGAGAAUUCUGUGAUAUAAAGGGUGAAUUGAUGGAGUCGUUGAUUAAAGAAGAACCUGAUCUUGAUGCAAACUAUGUUCUUGCUGCUAAUUUUGCUGCAUUUUCUGGUAAAUGGAAAGAUGUGGUGGAUAUUAGAAGAAGCACUGCUGAAAGGGGAUUGAAAAAGGUCCUGGGAUGUAGUAAGGUUGAUUUUGGGGGCGGAAUGUAAAAACAUUUUGGCUUAUGAUUUACUUGGAUACGGAGAUCACAGAUAUUAUAGGCAAUGAAUUAUGAUCAGACAGAUACAAUUCGUAACAGGUUUACUGAUGGAAGAAAGCUAUGUUCAUCAAGCAUACAAAAUCAAUACACACAAACGACUGAGCAAGCGAUCAUUCUCUUGAAGCUCUAGUGAUCUCUGACAAAUGAGAUGGGAUAAUGUCCUACCAUGGUGACCUUAAUAAGCUUACUAUCAUUUAUUGAUAGUUAUCAUCUCUGGAUUCUCUGAUAAUGGCCGUGGAAAAAGAAAGCCAUUGCGCUCUUCUGUAAGCUUGAAGAAAAAGGACCAAAGCCUGAGAAUCUACUAUUUUCCACUGUUUGCAGUUACUCAGGUUUAGUAAAAGAAGGCUUAACCCUUUUCAAAAGGAUGUUUAAUGUGCAUAAAAUCAAGCCAACAAUGGGGCAUUAUGGAGCUUGUUGCUAGUUUUGUUGUAUUACCUGGUAACUAGAAAGAUGCGGUGAAGAUUACAAGAAAUACAGCGGAGAGGGGAUUGAAGAAGGUCCCGGGAUAUAGCAAGGUGGAUGCUGGGGUUGGAGGAAUAGGAAGAAGAAUAUGAAAAUGUUUGAGCUUAGACCUGACUUGGAUGUUGAGAGCAGAGAUACUACAAGCAAGUAAUUUAGAUCAGAAAGAUUUUGUUUGUUUCAGGUUUAUAGUAAUACUGAGGGCAGCCUCAAAGUACUGAGUGAAGAUGAUUUGAGCAUCACAGAUCAGGCUGAGGACCGCUUUCUCAUGUGUUCGUGCACAUUAUUUGUACAACAGUCUAUUUACAUACUUUGUUGAGUGAAGAAGAAGCCAAAUCUUUUUCCUCGUAUCUUAACAAAAGCAACCAAAGGUAGCGGGAGUGUAAUAUUCAUUGGAGAUCAAGGGAGUAGAACAACACGCAAAAUCUCUCAUACAUCAUACUUUGUCGCCAUAUUGAAAGCAACUUCAUGUAGUUCGAUAAGAUUAAAUUUUGAUCGUGAUUAGAAGGUUCUUUCUACAAUACCUUUUGAUCUUCUCUAUUGCCUUCGACGGAGAAAUUCCAAAACUCUUUCUCUUCAAUCUAAAGCAAAUGGUACAGGUCCUUCAAUCUAAGACCGAUAUUACCUAAACCAAGGUAAAGAAAAGUUGUUGUUCUUUGUGUCCGUUUACAAUCUAAUUUAUCUUGAUGUUAUCAAAAGAUUUUACGCCAUUUUUACU